GUGACACACAGAUAGCCGCGGCCGGCGCCGGUAUUUUUAUUCCUUGGGACGAAAAUUUAGCAAAAUUUAAAUAAAACAAACAAUACAAUUGCAGAUAAACAGUGUUAAAUUCAGUAUUAUGUAUCAAAACUCAGCCAAUAUGAUAAACAACGAGAACUAUGCAUCAUGUCCUUACAACCCAGCACACCGAGUAGCCCGCUCCAGGCUGCAGCAUCACAUCAUCAAAUGCGAGAAGACCCAUCCGCCGCUAGAAAUAUGCCCGUUCAACGCUACACACCGUUACCCAGCCCAUCUGAUGAAAGCUCACUACGAAGUAUGUCCGAAUAAGAUAGAAAAGGAACAAAACCUGAGUCUCAGAAGCAACAAUAGUACGGUUGGAGCAAAACAAUGUCCGAUACAGCUGAUGCAGAAGGAUUAUCUGCCACAGCACGAUCCUGACAAUGAAUGCUGGGAUGAUUAAGUUCCUUAUAUGUCAUUAAGAUUGUAUUACGUUUGUAGAGGUCCUUGCAGAGAUGGAUUAAACCUAUAAAGCAUCCUAGGCAAGCACCUCAUUGGCGCCCUUAAUUCUUUUUGUCCCCGCCGUCACUCUAAUGUACAGUUGUACACGCAAGUCUCGCGGCGCCCCUCUGUAACCUGGCGCCCGGCACUUGUCUAGUUUGCCUUGGGGAUAAUACGGAUCUGUAUCCUUGUAAUAUGCAAAAUUAGACUUUGGUCUUGUAGAUUUUGAUUUCUAAUGAGAUACUGUGUUGUGUUAUAACAGAACCAUCAUCUUAACUUUUGUAUCUUAUAUUGUUCAUACUGCAAUGUGGAGCAAUGAGGGAGAUGUGUUACUGUUAUGAAUAUCUUUAAUUAAGUGACCUAAUAUCUAUCUUACACUACUUACCUAUAGGGCGAGGUGUCACACACUACGAUACAAAAGUAGUCUCCAUACAUCAAUAGUAAGAGGAGAGCAGUCACCGGUGACCGUUUGGGGACUCGGCAGGGCAGUAAAGUGCCCUUCGGUUUACAUAUUGAAUUAAAAUACCCAAAAAUUGAUUAAUUUCUUAAUCUUAGAUAUUAUUUAUAAUGUAUGAAACGUAAAAUAUCACAUGGUGACUUCAUUUCAUUGUGUAUUGUUGACCAGGUUUGUGUACUAGGUUUUUUAAUGUAAUUUUUUAUAAUUUCUACAGUAAUUUGGGACCUCUACAAACAGAUGUGCCAAAAUUUUAGUUAUAAGAAUUUAUUAUUCGCCUAUACCUAUAAGUAUAUCGAUUUCUGUGUCAUAUAAACGUCAUGAAAAUGACUGAAAAAUUUUGGUUUUUAAAACCUUUAGGUGAUUAAAAUUACCUAUUUAGUUGUUAAUUUUAUUUCUAAGUAAGUAUAUUUCUAAGAUUUAAUUGAAUUUAAACAAUUGUUUUGGUACAUUCCUAAGAACUACUGUUUUUAUGUUGUAAUUUCGAAUCUCCAGUCAUUCAAAAUCUACAUUUUAGUAUAUGGUUUAUAUCAUUGUAUUUAAUAGGCGGCAGAGCCGGAUUCAGACUAGAGAGCGCCCUAGGCAAGCACUUCAUUGGCGCCCCUAAUAUUUUUGUCGCCUCCGUCACUCUAUGUACAGUUGUACACGCGCGUCUCGCGGCGCCCCUCUGUAACCUGGCGCCCGGCACUUGUCUAGAGCGCCUUAGGGACAAUACGGCUCUGUAUAAUUGUAUUUUUAUCAGGCACUCGGUCGUAUGUCUGCGUCAAUAUUUCUCAGUAUACUUAUGUUAGAAUUGAGUUUAACAGCUAUUAUACAUUAUAUCUACACCUGGGAGCAAAGAAAUGGAGCUACUAGCCUUUUUUUAUUUAAUAGAAACCUCUAUAAACUUAUUCUUUUACAAAAAAUCGCUUUCAUUUUAAAGAUACUUAACUAAAUUGGAUACUUGCCAAUUAGUCAAAUUCAAUACUUUUUUCCAACUGUCAACAACGACAGUCAUAAAUGAGUUUUGUACGAGAUUGUGUAUUGUGACGUCACGUUUUUUUAGCGCCAAACAGCAUAGUUAUUUCUUGAAAAUUUGCUG